AUGGAGUUGCCCUGGGUCAACACUAACUUUAAACCCUGUGCCUAUCACAACAAAGCUACUUUCGAGGGUCAACCCUACUACCAUGGAGAUCAGCUACUCGGCGUCCGUUGUGCUGGGUGCGGUCAAGAGUGGCUGCAAGAGCGGUUCCUGUUUCAGCCAAAUAAUGACAACACCCGCCACUAUGUGAACGUCGACAAUGUCGUCCUCAAGAAGCAGCUCAAGAUGGAAGUUGAGAGCGACCCGGCCUUCCAGGUAAGCGGUAGUCGCACCAUGAGCAAGAAUUUCAAGUUCGAGGGCGAUUCCCUGAAGGUGGGGGAUCACAUCGCUUGGCAUCGGCCUAAGGGCUACUGGCAUCAUGCCAUCGUGUCAGAGGUCGGUAAUGAGGUAAAAGUCAUACAAUGGGCACGGGACAAGAAAGCGCGUAAGAUGGAGAGGAAGGAGGAUGAGAUUGACCUGCAGAAUCAAGAGGGGCCAUUGUUCCGCAUUGACUACUCUGAUGAGGUUACUAAGAUAAACCCAUCUGAGCUGGUUAUUGCCCGGGCUAGAGCCAUGUUAUAUGCCCCUGGUAAAUACCAUUUGUUGAGGGAUAACUGCGAAGCGUACGCUUCGUAUUGCAAGACAGGUUUUGCACAGAGCUGCCAGGUUGUCUGGCUGACUCAUGUGUUGAAAAUUUGUGCUUCAACCAUGAUGGCCAUCCUCAGCAGAUGCUUUUGUGAUGCAUCCCUUGUCGUGCUUAAAGAGUGCACAGAACAAUUGGCAAAUUUAUUCAGUGAGGGAACUGUAGAUAUAUCUAUCGAAGCGUGUCAGAUUUCAUUCGACGGGUUCUAUUGCGUAGGUGCUGGUGUCGCACUUCUCAUUGAGGGAAUUUGGUGUGUCUAUGACCUUAGCAAGAUUUACCAUAAAAGGGCCAAUGGUGAAAUAUCCCGGGUGGAUUUUGUUCAAAGGUCCAUUCAGCGUGCUGUUGAAGCGCUGGUUAAGGCCGGGUGCAUAGGGGGAAGCGUGGCAGGAUCAUUUGGGGGAAUGGCGAUUGGAAUGCUCAUUUGUCCUGGUAUCGGAACAGUAGCAGGUUUCCUUAUAGGGGGUAUAGUAGGAGGGGUCGUGGGUGGAAUUUUUGCUGGGGCUGUAAUAACGCCUCUUGGACCUUGGAUUGCGCGUAAAUUUGCCUCAUGCAUCGGGAGAGAUGACAGGGCUGUGGAGAUUGGUGACUUGCAACGAGGCGAUCAUGUUGUCUUCUACGGCUUUUCAUUACAUCCGAGACACCAUGCCAUAGUCGUAGAUUGCGACCCAGUUAAGGGUAAGGUCAGGGUGGUACAUCACACCUACAAAAACGGUGUGGUGGAAGAGGUACUUGAUUUCAUACCCCCCGUGUACAGGCUGCUGUAUGACAAUGAUUGCGCUGCGCCUGAUGAGGUCAUUGAGAGAGCAAGAUCAAAGAUUGGCGAUGAAACGUGCAAGUACUCACUGGCUUUCAACAACUGUAAGACUUUUGCACGGUGUUGCAAAGAGAGUGAGGAAUCGUGGUUGGAUGUAUCAUUUGGCACACUCGACGACUCAAGUGACGACAAUUUGUGCGUGCGCGAGAUCCGUAUGUCAAAGGCGUAA